GUGACUGAUGACUAAGUCAAACUUUUUCUUCUUACUGCCGGACAGGGAAGAAUAAGAUACUAAUUCACUGCUCUUCUAUUUUCGUUCUGAAAGCUUUGAAAGAUACUUAAUUAUGUUUCAGACUGUGUUUUUCUCCACCCUGUUAACUUUCACAUUCAUUGAAUCAGUGAAAAAUAGGUGGACCUGCAACACCUCAGAUGGAGAGAUAACAUACUCUUCCUGUGAUGACAAGAAGCCCAUACCGACAAUAAAUGUUGAACCCUGUGUAAGCUGGACACAGACUAAAGGAAAUCUGUCUUUUUACUACGUGCCACGGAGAGACAUGAGAGACCUAUAUUUUAACAUUCAUGCAGUAUUUAAAUCAGCUGUAAUAUUACCACUGAAGAAAGAAGUCAUAUGCCAUGGGGCUGAUGGUAAUUACUCAUUCUGCAGAGUUUUAAAGGGAGAGACCAUCAAUACAACAUUGUUCUUUUCCUUCUCAUUCCUAAAGUUUCCUAAGGGAUUCUAUAUUCUUAUUGCAGAAGCCUUCUCUGGUGGUAUAGAAGACUCGCUUUUUUGUUGUAAUAUUACACUCAAACUCAAAUAAUAAUUUUAUUCAAAAAAUAAAUUGAUUUUAGAAAAAUGAAA